GUUGUUGGUCAUUAAAAGCUGUUUGAGAAUUGAAGUUGAGAUUGUGAAAUGGCUGAGUUUUGGUGUUCAUCUGUUGUGCAGUUGACUAAUAAUGUGAAGCCAUCGUGGGCUCCUUCUAAUUUCAACCAAAAUUGGGCUGGUUUUUCAAGAGCUUUCAGUGCAAAACCUGCAGGUGGAGAUUUUAUUGGUAUUGAUUCGGGUACAACGAAUUCAUGUGUUGCCUUUAUGGAAGGGAACAAUUCCAAAGUUAUUGAGAAUGCUGAAGGAUCUAGGGCAACCCCUUCAACUGUUGCCUUCACCCCAAAGAUAGUAGCCGGGAUCUUUGGAAAGAGCCCGAGCAAGGGAGUUAACCCAGACGAGGCAGUGACUAUGGGAGGUGCAAUUCAGGGUUGAAUUUUAGGUGGAGAUUUCAAAGAAUUGCGUCUUCUUGGUGUCACUCCCUUGUCACCUGGUAUCAAGACACGGGUUUUCUCCACAGCGGCUAACAACAAGAGCCAGGCUGCGGGUAUUCCACCAGUUCCAAGGGGCAUGUCUCAGAUUGAGAUGACCUCUGACAUUUAUCAACAUAAUACCAUGCAUAUCCUUCGUCCAUUGUCUCCUCAUCUUCCUAUUUAUAGGCCCCAGGUUAAUUCGACGUUUUCCAUUGUCAAUAGAAUCUCAGGGGCUUUCCUAUCUACUAUAGUUCUGUGUUUUUAUUUUAUUUGUCUGAAAACGGGUUUCAUUUGCUUCAACUAUUAUAAUUUCUACCAGUUCCUCUUUUAUUCAUCCAAGCUGAUCCUAACCUCUGUCGAUGUUACUGCUGCCCUUGCCCUGGCCUAUCAUCUUUUUUACGGGGUUCGUCAUUUAUUUCAUUGACGGAUUUCUCUCAUUUUCUCGAAUAAGGAAUCCUCAAAUCGAAAAGGGGUCCCAUUUCCCUUCCUGCUGAAAGGGGCAACCCUUCUCUUGAUAUCCGGUGUAGGGGGGCUUCUCAAAUUGAAUGUAUUAGUCUUUUUGUUCAUGUGAAAACCGCCUAUGGUUGCUAUGGCUGAGACCCUUUUUUAUUGAAUCAAUAACCAUUUUAUUCUGGAAGGAGAUUGCUUGUUCAUUUGACAACUGCCUAUCAAUAUAUUGAGGCUGAGGCCCUUUCAUUGC